AUGGGCAGCGCCACCCCUGCCGGCGAGCGAUACGACCGUCAAAUGAUUUACAGUGCAGCCCAGCAGGGUAAAGAAGACAUGGCAUGGACCAAGACAGCCGUGACAGACAGGACAGGAUGGAGGGAUGCGAGGGAGUUUAACGGAACAAGAAAAUAUCGAGAGUUUGGGCUUCACGAUGCGCGCUGGGCUGGCCGUGUAUCCUCGAGAGACACCGCUGGCGAGGACGUUUAUUCGAGGCGUCUUGUCUGGUCUAGUCUUGGCCCCUACAGUCGGAUGGAUUACUUUGGCUGGUGGAUCGUGGAUGGUGGAUCUAAGUGGAAGGACAUCGCUGGCCCCAUUGCUCUGGUUUGGUCCUUCAACGCCGCCGCCGUACCGUACCGUGUACUACAGCAGUACAGUACUACCAUGUCAACUACUGUACUGUACUGA